UGCGAAUUAGCCUAAGUUCUUAAAGAUGGCGGCGGAGCGGAGUCGCUCCCCGGUAGACUCGCCGGUGCCGGCCUCGAUGUUCGCCCCCGAGCCCAGCUCUCCAGGGGGAGCCCGGGCCGCCGCGGCCGCCGCACGGCUCCACGGUGGCUUCGAUUCGGACUGCAGCGAGGAUGGGGAGGCGCUCAACGGCGAGCCGGAGCUGGAUCUCACCAGCAAGCUGGUUCUAGUGAGCCCUACGUCAGAGCAGUAUGACAGCCUACUUCGGCAGAUGUGGGAGAGGAUGGACGAGGGAUGCGGAGAAACCAUAUAUGUCAUUGGGCAGGGAUCAGAUGGAACAGAGUACGGGCUGAGUGAAGCUGACAUGGAGGCUUCCUACGCCACAGUGAAGAGCAUGGCGGAGCAGAUAGACGCUGAUGUCAUCCUCUUGCGUGAGCGUCAAGAAGCUGGUGGCCGUGUACGCGAUUACCUAGUCAGGAAACGAGUUGGAGACAAUGACUUCCUGGAGGUCAGGGUGGCAGUGGUGGGCAACGUGGACGCUGGCAAAAGUACACUCCUGGGAGUCCUGACACACGGGGAGCUGGACAAUGGCCGCGGCUUUGCCCGCCAGAAACUCUUCCGCCACAAACAUGAGAUUGAGUCUGGUCGAACCAGCAGUGUGGGCAAUGACAUUCUGGGCUUUGACAGUGAAGGCAACGUAGUCAACAAACCCGACAGCCACGGUGGCAGCCUGGAGUGGACAAAGAUCUGCGAGAAAUCCACCAAGGUGAUCACCUUCAUCGACUUGGCUGGCCAUGAGAAGUACCUCAAGACCACUGUUUUUGGCAUGACUGGCCAUUUGCCUGACUUCUGCAUGCUCAUGGUGGGCAGCAAUGCUGGCAUCGUGGGGAUGACCAAAGAGCACUUGGGCUUGGCAUUGGCACUCAAUGUACCUGUCUUUGUGGUUGUCACUAAGAUUGACAUGUGUCCUGCCAACAUCCUUCAAGAAACCCUGAAGCUGCUACAGCGCCUGCUGAAGUCACCAGGCUGUCGGAAGAUCCCUGUCUUGGUACAGAGCAAAGACGAUGUGAUUGUCACAGCCUCCAACUUCAGCUCUGAGAGGAUGUGCCCGAUAUUCCAGAUCUCCAAUGUCACAGGUGAGAACCUCGAUCUGCUCAAGAUGUUCCUCAACCUCCUGUCGCCCCGAACCAGCUACAGGGAGGAAGAGCCUGCUGAGUUCCAGAUAGAUGAUACCUACUCUGUCCCCGGUGUGGGGACAGUGGUGUCCGGGACCACACUGAGGGGCCUGAUCAAGCUGAAUGACACACUGCUGCUGGGCCCGGAUCCCUUGGGCAACUUCCUGUCCAUUGCUGUCAAGUCCAUCCAUCGCAAGCGCAUGCCUGUCAAGGAGGUCCGGGGGGGCCAGACGGCCUCCUUUGCACUGAAGAAGAUAAAGCGUUCAUCCAUCCGGAAAGGCAUGGUGAUGGUUUCCCCACGCCUGAAUCCCCAGGCCUCCUGGGAAUUUGAGGCUGAGAUUCUUGUCCUCCACCACCCCACCACAAUUAGUCCACGCUACCAAGCCAUGGUACACUGUGGGAGCAUCCGGCAGACAGCUACCAUUCUGAGCAUGGAUAAAGACUGUCUGCGCACAGGAGACAAGGCCACUGUCCACUUUCGCUUCAUCAAGACCCCUGAGUACCUGCACAUAGACCAGCGGCUGGUGUUCCGGGAAGGUCGCACCAAGGCUGUUGGCACCAUCACCAAGCUCCUCCAGACAACCAACAACUCCCCUAUGAACUCAAAGCCCCAGCAGAUUAAAAUGCAGUCCACAAAAAAGGGUCCCCUGAGCAAACGAGAAGAAGGAGGUCCAUCUGGUGUGUCCGCGGCAGGAGCGCCCCCAGCCGGGGAUGAAGUUUCCUCGCUGGGGUCUACACAGGCUUCCACAUCCAGUGGUCUCCAGCCACAGCCCAAGCCCAGCAGUGGGGGCCGGCGACGAGGGGGCCAGCGCCACAAGGUGAAGUCCCAGGGGGCCUGUGUGACUCCUGCCAGCAGCUGCUGAAUGUUCCCCUGGUCCACUUGACCACCCAUGAGAUCCUCACUGCUCACUGGCCACUGCUCACCAGCUGGGCAGAGCAUCUUUGACCGCCACCCACCCACUCCAGCCCACAGCCAGAGCAUCCUUGUUGCCACACCCCCGUUUUGCAAGGGGGAUUGUAAUUUAUAAGAUGAAGAGGGACCAGAUGUCCAAGGACUGACCAUCUCCCACCUGCCUUCUUCCUUAUAUCUUUCGUACAUCUGGGCCCUUAAUUUCUAUCUUUUUAUUAUAUAUCUCUGUCGUGUGUGUGUGUGUGUGUGAGUGUGUGUGUGUGUGUGUGUGUGUGUGUGUGUGUGUGUGUGUGUGUG